ACGUAUAAUCUGUGCGUGUGUGCGUUGUGUGUCUCUAAUAUAUGUGUGAGCCUUGCUUAGGCAACCAAGCCUCAAUGCUAUCGUGCCUACCUAAGCUACCUGCUACUUGCUGCUGCCGGCGCCUCCUCCCCCGUCCCGUCCAAUUCCCCCCGGCGGUAUUCCUAGGAACUUUUUCUCGAUCCUCCCACCAAAACUUUCCCUCCUACCAAAAAAUCCACCCUGACACCUUCACACACCUUCGCACACGACACUCCCAACUCUUCGAGGAUCGCACCGGUAUCGCCAGAACCAAGAUGGUAUGUUGAACGUGCUUCUAUAAUGUCCCUCGUGGUCCUCUGUAUUCGUAUUUGUUUCUUGAUGCUGCCCCGUGGCAACCCGGACCUGUUGCGAUUCGAUGCGACCGACCGACGCCUAGCCUCGCACCUCCCCUCUCUGAGCUAGGCCUAGGGCUUCUCGUGCCCUGCGCUCGUGGAUGUUUUAACAUCGCUGACCGUUUCUGCCCCUGUUGUAGUCGGACGUAGAAGAGAACACAGCGCCUGAAGCCCCUGAGGAGGUCGAGGUUUCCGCCGAUGCCUCCAAGGGCCAGAUGUCCGUCCUGGACGCCCUCAAGGGCGUCUUGAAGCUCGCGCUGAUGCACGACGGCCUCGCUCGAGGUCUCCGCGAAGCAUCCAAGGCCCUAGACCGACGCCAAGCACACAUGUGCGUCCUUAACGAGUCCUGCGAAGAAGAAGCCUACAAGAAGCUGGUUAUCGCUCUAUGCUCCCAGCACAAGAUUCCCUUAAUCAAAGUACCCGACGGCAAGCAACUGGGCGAGUGGGCAGGUCUCUGCGUCCUGGACCGAGAAGGCAACGCGCGCAAGGUAGUAAACUGCUCUUGCGUGGUGGUGAAGGACUGGGGUGAUGAGUCAACCGAGCGAUCGAUCCUCCUCGACUACUUCCAAACCGAGCAGUAAGAGGUCUUGGCGGGCGUUGCGCGGGGACGGGACAUAGACAGUGGGACGGAUCGAUUUUCAGACCAUCCUCUACGAGCCCUCAGCAUGUACUCUAGCUACAUCGGCCGGAUAUCGGUAAGGGGGGUCAUCUUGCAUCGGAACUAAGGGGGAAAAAUUAUGCAUUGCGACUCAAGUUACGGUCGAUAUG